UUGAGUACUCUUGAAUAUUGCAACUAAAAAGCUUGCAAAGACUGUUAUCAUGGCAGGUUCAUCAUCACAUUUCAAGUAUGACGUUUUUCUGAGCUUUAGAGGCUACACAAGACUCAGAUUCAUAGACACUCUCUAUCAUGCUUUGAUCAAUAAAAGAAUAGUGACGUUCAGAGAUAGCGAGGAGCUGAGAAUAGGCGAGGAGCUGGAAGGUGCUCUUCUAGAAGCAAUUGAAAGAUCAAGGAUGUCAAUUCUUGUACUCUGUGAUGAGUAUCCAACUUCCAAGUGGUGCCUUGAUGAACUCGUCAAGAUCAUGGAGUGUUCAGAGAAUGGAAGGAAGCGACCGGUGUUACCAGUUUACUACUAUGUGGAAAAAUCAGAUGUGCAGUACCAGCUCAAUGAAUAUGCAAAAGCCAUGGCUGCUCAUAAAGAAAAAGGAAGAUACAAUCACAAGUUGGAAGCAUGGAAGUCAGCUUUGUCUCAAGUAGGCAAGAUUUAUGGUCAACGCUGUAAUCAGAAUACACCAUGGGGUAAGACUAUUGACAAGAUUGUUGAAGAGGUCUCAAAAAGACUUCCUCCCUUGCCUCUUUAUGUUGAUCGUCCACUUGGAUUUGAAUCUGAACUUGAAGAGGCAAAAUCACUUCUAGAGAUUGAUUCUCAUGCUACCAGUUUUAUGGUGGGAAUUCAUGGAGAUGGUGAACUAAGCAAAUUUGUUGCAGAGCUUUAUAACAAGAUCAGGCCUCACUUUGUAGCUGGAAGUUUUCUUUCUAAUGUCAGUGAGAAAACAAAUGAAAACAGUGGUGGUGUAGAAGAUCUACAAAAGACUCUUCUUUCUGAGAUGGGAGAGGAGGUAAAGACUAAGAUUGGAAGCACAUUCAAAGGAUCCUCUGAAAUAAGACAAAGACUAGGCCAGAAAAGAGUUGUUCUAGUUUUGGAUGAUGUUGAUAGAAUCCAACAACUGAAUUCAUUAGCAGGAGGGAUUGAUUGGUUUGGUCCUGGUAGUAGGAUCAUUAUAACAACAAGAAAUGAAGAUCUGCUAAGCGAGCAUGAGUUAAAUAUUGGUGUUGAGAUUAGGAGACAUUGCAUUGUGGGUAGACAGGUUGAGGAAGAUGAUGCAGACAAAGGAGAUGUAGUGGGAUUCAUGGAUGACUUCAGCUUUGUAAUUGAGCAGCUUUAUGAUGCAAACAAUGAUGUCGUCUCCAUCAUUGGCAUGGGUGGGUCGGGUAAGACUACUCUUGCUCAAAAGAUCUAUAAGAAUAAAGAGGUCAAGGAUUUCUUUCCUUGCCGCGGAUGGAGUCGUGUUUCCAAAGAUUACAAGCCAAGGGAAGUAUUGUUGAGGCUCCUCCACUCUUUGAUGAAGUCCACAUCUACAUUUGAAAAUUUAGAAAUGGAGGAUCUAAAGAAGAUAGUGAGCAAUUACCUGAAAGGGAGAAAGUACUUGAUAGUGCUUGAUGAUAUGUGGGAACCUGAAGUAUGGGACGAUCUAAAAGCAGCCUUUCCAGAAAGCAAUGGCAGCAAAAUCUUAAUAACUAGUCGUAAUGAAGAGGUGGCAAAUUAUACAAGCUCAAGACCCUACAAACUUCCAUUCCUUGAUAAAAGAGAAAGCUGGGAACUGUUUUGCAAGAAGGUGUUUCCGGGUAAAGAGUGCCCUUUUGAUCUAGAACCUCUUGGUAGAUCAAUUGUUGAAAGUUGUGGAGGUUUGCCACUUGCUAUUGUUGCCAUUGCUGGGGUUGUUGCCAAGAAGAAAAGAUCAGAAAGAGAAUGGCAGAGUGUUAAGGAGUGCAUCCACUGGCAUCUCACCAGGGACAUGACCAAAGUCAUGGAUGUACUAAAACUUAGCUAUGACAGCUUGUCUGAAGAACUGAAGCCAUGCUUUCGAUAUCUUGGUAUCUACCCUGAAGAUUUUAAGAUUCCUACUACGGAAUUAAUCCAAUUAUGGAUGGCUGAAGGUUUCAUGCAAGAAAGUGGAUUACCAAAUUCACCAGAACCAGAAGUUGUUGGUGAGGAAUACUUAAAAGAGCUAGUGGAUCGAAACAUGGUACUUGUGUCAAGACAGAGGAGUGAUGGGGGUGUGAAAGAAUGCCUAAUCCAUGAUCUCUUCCGUGACCUCUGCAUAAUAUUGAACAAAGCUGAUAACUUUUUCGAGGUUUGCACAGGUUCCAAUAUCCAUACUCUAAGCAACCCUCAUAGAUUGUCCUUGUUGUGCAGUGAAGUGUCUUAUAUGUCCUCAAUCGAAACUAAUCAAUCAAGCACUCGUUCUUUGUUCUUCUUUGCUGGAGAGGAUUCUUCACAUGAUUCUUUAAAAUACUUCCAAUCAGUUCAAGUGCUACAUUUGGGAGGACAAGCAUGGUUUCUACGCAUACCCAGUAAUUUUCAGGCUAUGAUCUUCCUAAAGUACUUGAAAAUAACAAUAACUACUUUAACUAGUGAAGUAACAGAAGCUCCUGAGUGUAUAUGGAGCCUUUCCAAUUUAGAAACCAUGGAUACAAGGGGUUGGCAAACAUCUUACAUUCCGAAAGAAUUUUGGAAGCUCAAGCGAUUAAGACAUGUCUAUAUAUUAUCUUCAGAUGGUGCAAGUCUACCAACAGAGGAGAAUGGAGAGGAUAGCAGAACAAAAACAAUAAUGUGGAAUCUUCAGACUCUCUGUGGAGUGGAUUUUGAUACACCAACAGCAUUCCUAUUCAGGGAGGGCAGAUUUUCCAACUUGAAAAAGUUGAAUUUAUGGUUAAAUCCUGAAAGGGAGAAACAUAGUUUGUGGCAUGAAUUAUUGUUCAGUUUGCAGCAUCUGAUCAGUCUUCAUAAGCUGAAACUAAACUGCUGUCCUUCAAGUCUUUCAAUACAUGCAAAAUGGUUUCCUUUGAAUCUUGCAAAGAUUACCUUGAGAGCGUUUGGUAAGAUGGACUCCAGUUCCAUGAAGGCUCUAGGACAGUUUCCCAACCUCAAAGUUUUGAAACUGUUAGGAGGUACCAUUCCAGACCCUCUUGAUUGUGUCACUGGGGAUUUCGCUAAACUUCAAGUGUUCAAAAUGAUGCAAGUCCAAGUCCAAAGUUGGACUUUAGAGAAAGGUGCAAUGCCUCGCCUUCGAUAUUUGUUAAUAUGGGACUGUGUUGGAUUGUGUCAGCUUCCAGAACAACUCUGGUCCUUGACAACCUUAGCGAAAGUGCGUGUCACUGACCCCUGCGAUGAAUUGAGAAACAGCUUGCAAGAUGUUAAGGUAAAUCAUAACUGUGAUCUCAAAAUAUCACAUUCCGUUGGCAUUGCGCUCAGGAGGAGAAUGUUAAAAGACACGUUGAAAAUGAGUGACACAAAUCCAUAAUAUAAUAGCUCA